AUGAAAGCUCUCCUCCCCAUUACGUCUGCCAUCCUCGGCACCACAGCCGUGGGAGUCUACCUCUUCCGCCAGAACCUCAAAUCCCGCGUCACAAUAAAAGCGCAACACGGGCAUCUCCCGCGCUCAGUAUCCACCAAUAUCACCACAGCCCCUGAUGAGGUCUUCACGGAGCAGACAGUAGCCGUCUACGACUCGGCCUCGAUAGCCGUGCCACGCGGGAAACUCCCCGCCCUACCGACUGAAGAACUGCUCACGCGCUUGAUGCGGCGAAAUAUGAGUAGCUUCACGAGAUUGCCGCAAGCAUAUAUCCUCCGAACGAUGAGCACAGAGGCCGAAAAGCCCAGUUUCAAGGCUGCGAACCUCGAGCGUCUGGAUUUCAAGGAGGGGGAUCUCGUCUGCGGCGCUUACCGGGUCAUUCUGCGGACGCCGGGGAAAGUGGAGUUUGAGCUUAAGCCGAUGGGGGUCGUUCGGGGUCGUUUGGUGACUACGAUUACGGAGAAGGACGAUCAGAUGGUGUUUAUGAAUGAAACGUUGAUGUGGAAGCCAAAGGGGGAGAAGGGGGUGAUGCCGUUGGAGACUGCGGUGGGCAAGUGGAUGCAUGAGUUGACGGCGUGGUGGAUGAUGGAUUCGGGGGUGAAGCAUUUGAUGGAUUUGAAGAAUUGACGGUAGACUAAUUGUAUGGACGAAUCUCCUCUCUUUCGCUGUCUGUGCGGUUGGAUUUUUUUUUUCCUUUUUUCCUUCUUGUAUGUGGUGAUGAGUUUCUGUUCCGUUUUGGCUUGCAUGUUUCAUAGAUGUUGCUGUUCAGCGUAAGCAGGUUAGAGUUAAACAAGAUAUGUAUAUUAGGAGGUAUAUAAUUUAAUUCAUGUAACAUCUGCU